UCGCCUUCGCAGACGAUCCGCCAUUUGCACCGCCGCGUCUCGCGAGCACGAGUUCUUGCCCAGAUCGAGCGGGAGCUUUGCUCUGUUCACGCCGGGAUCCGGCGUUCCGGUUGGUCGGUCUCUUCGUGCCCGCCGAGAUGGGCAACUGUCUCGAAAGGCAUCGCCGCGGUCGUGGCCGCGACGUGCAUUGCGCCGAGAAGCGCGCCGUGUGGGUGGUGGAGGAGGAAGUACUGAAAGACGAGGAGGAGGAGGAGGAGGAGGAGACGCGCAAGAGCGAUCCUGCGCCGGCACCAGCGGCAGCGACGACGGAGGUGAAGAUCAGGAUCACGAGGAAGCAGCUGGAGGAGCUGCUGCGGCACGUUGAGGACGGGAAGGGCGGCGGUGUGCCAGUGGGGGAGGUCGUCUCGGAGCUCCUGUGCGUGGCGAGCAGCACCUCCAACUUCCGGCACAGGGGUGACGGCGGGCAGUGGAGGCCGUCGCUGCAGAGCAUACAGGAGUGAGAAUUCUGGUCCUUGCUGGUUAUUCAUCAUGCUGCUGCUACUGCUAGAUGCUACUGCUACUGCUAGAUGCUAGUACUGCUGGUAUAUUCAUCAUGGUCGCCUCCUGCUGUGUUAAUACCACCAUUGUAGCAUGUGUAGGGUGUAUAUUUGGUAGGUUUGGGAUCAAGAGAUGAGCUUGAGAUAGGUUUUAUGCAGAGUAAACUAAAAUUGGUGCUUAGCUGAUUUUGGACAUUGUGAUUGUACUACUGUAGUAUUGUGUACAGAGUAUUAGUGGAAUUGUUUAUUUGUAUUGGUAA